UUGGUGGUACCACAUCACCAACGGACGUGGGAAGUUUUCCGUCGGUUCCAGCUCAGUCGCGAAACUACCCAGCAGAGAAGAGCAGCCAGCACGCAGUGGUAGUGGGAAAAUCUCCAUGGAGCGCUCUUUGUCGUGUUCCGGUGCGCGGCUUUGCUCGUCGCUCGUCGUGGAUAACCAGGAUGCGUCGACCUUCUUCGCUUCGAAGAGCGCGUCGUCAUCACCUGAAGAUCGCGGUCGGGACAUCCUACUGGAACUAUUGAAGCAGAUCAUGGAGUUUCUCGAGCGCAAGGAGAUGAUGAGCACUCGCGUUGUAGCGUCCAAGGAGUGGAGGAAGAGUAGAAGUCGACGACGCUCUGAGAACAGCAAUAACCUGUUCGAAGUGGUGAUUCAGGUCUGCGAGCAGCGCAUGAGACGUCUCAAACGAUCGAUUUCGGGGGAUUUUGGAGGACGAGAAGAAGAAGAGUGGAGUGCUCAAUCUCCACGAAUGUUGGUAGCUGAAGCUAUCGUUCAGGAACUAUUGGUGAGUUUAAUGGAGCUGCGAAUGAAGGAGAAGGAGACAAUGGUGAUGGAUGAAGUGGAGAGUGUGGAGAUCAUGCGUCAACUGCACGUGCAUCUACAGAAGGACGAGGAGUUGGUACGCAGUAAAGUUUGUAUCGGAGCUGGAGAUGAACAGCAGUUGGAAGAACUUCAGUUAAUGCUAAGGACGGAUUUCUUAGAAGAAGUGGCGGGUGCUGAGAGUCCACAGAAGAAGCAACAGGCAGACUCAGCAGCGAAUAAUGAGGCUUCAUUACAGUUCGCAUGGGAAACAAUUGAUGAUCAGAAGAAGGAGAUCAUCCGACUACGAGCGGAAAAUGAAAGACUCAAGCACUUGGACAGCCGCUCCGAUGCCAAUUCAGCGUCAUUUUUCGAGGACGAACCUGCCAAAGUGAUCAAUUUACUCCGUUCAAAGCUGUCCUCUCACCACGAAAAGAAUUUGGACAUCCUCCACGAUCACAUUCAGAGACUGGAGAGGGCGUUACAGAGCGCAACUGUAUCAUCACGAAAGGCUCGACGAGGCUGGGAUGGCUCCAAGUCGACGUUUGAGUCCACUCAAAGCAGUGACAAAAACGAUUACUCGUCGUCUUUGCUGUCUCGCAGUGCUGUAGGCACAGAUUUUUCACGGAUGCAGAUACCCAGGAAGAAAUGCGAAGAAUGCCGUAAGAACUCAGCAUCGCUGCUUGCUCUUCGAUCCGAAGUGAAGCAGCUACGUGCGCACGCGGAAAGUGACGAAGAAUCGCUGCUUCAAGCUGAAAAAGACCGGGGUCAUCUACAGCGAGAGAACUCUGCACUCUCGUCUGCGUUACUAUCAGCGAAGCAGAAGCAGGAAGAACUGCGUCAAAUGAUUCUAGAUCUGACUCAGGAAAAGCACCGGCUCCAGAAUUUAGGCGACUCAGAGCAACGCACUGCUGAACGCAGUAUUCGCGUGUUGAAAGAACAACUUGGCGCUUUAGAAGAGCAGAAAGCUCAUCUGAAACGAAAAUUUGACGAGCUAGUCACAUUGAACUGGAAGAACAAGUGGCGAGUUUGCAUGAGACUGCUAGAAGAUGCGAGACAAUGGUUGAAGAUCGAGAUGUAG